CUUCGGUUUGAAUCUUGUGGCUGCGUUUGUAGCGCCGGGAGGCGGACAUUGAAGUGGAGGAAUCGCCGAGAGCUCUACCCGGCCGGCGGAAAAUAUUCAAGCCUUUAUAUAAACAGAAAUCAAAAUAAUCAACAAUGUCUGUCACUGAGGAAGACCUGUGUCACCACAUGAAAGUAGUUGUUCGUGUGCGUCCAGAAAACACAAAAGAGAAGGCAGCUGGAUUCCAAAAAGUAGUCCAUGUUGUGGAUAAACAUAUCUUAGUUUUUGAUCCCAAGCAGGAAGAAGUCAGUUUCUUCCACGGAAAAAAAACUAUGAAUCGAGAUAUUAUGAAGAGACAAAAUAAAGAUCUUAAAUUUGUAUUUGAUGCUGUUUUUGAUGAAACUUCAACUCAGUUGGAAGUUUUUGAACAUACAACUAAGCCAAUUCUGCGUAGUUUUUUGAAUGGAUAUAAUUGCACAGUACUUGCCUACGGUGCCACUGGAGCUGGGAAGACUCAUACAAUGUUAGGAUCAGCUGCCGAACCUGGAGUAAUGUAUCUAACCAUGUUAAAUCUUUACAAAUCCAUGGAUGAAAUUAAAGAAGAGAAAGUAUGUAGUACUGCAGUUUCUUAUCUGGAGGUAUAUAAUGAACAGAUUCGUGACCUCUUAGUAAAUUCAGGGCCACUUGCUGUUCGGGAAGAUGCUCAAAAAGGUGUGGUUGUCCAGGGACUGACUUUACACCAGCCAAAAUCCUCAGAGGAAAUUUUACAGUUAUUGGAUAAUGGAAACAAAAACAGGACACAACAUCCCACUGAUAUCAAUGCAACAUCUUCUCGUUCUCAUGCUGUGUUUCAGAUUUAUUUGCGACAACAAGACAAAACAGCAAGCAUCAAUCAAAAUGUCCGCAUUGCCAAGAUGUCACUCAUUGACCUGGCAGGGUCUGAGCGGGCCAGCACUACCAACACUAAGGGGGCCCGGUUUGUAGAAGGCACUAAUAUUAAUAAGUCACUUUUAGCUCUUGGGAAUGUCAUCAACGCUUUAGCAGAUACAAAGAGAAAAAAUCAGCAUAUUCCUUACAGAAAUAGCAAGCUUACUCGCUUGUUAAAGGAUUCUCUUGGAGGAAACUGUCAAACUAUAAUGAUAGCUGCUGUUAGUCCUUCCUCUGUAUUCUAUGAUGACACAUACAACACUCUGAAGUAUGCUAACCGUGCAAAGGACAUUAAAUCCUCUUUGAAGAGCAAUGUUCUUAACCUUGACAAUCAUAUAACUCAAUAUGUAAAGAUCUGUAAUGAGCAGAAGGCAGAGAUUUUAAGGUUAAAAGAAAAACUAAAAACCUAUGAAGAACAGAAAGCUUUUACUGAUGAAAAUGAUAAGGCAAAGUCAACCAUUUCGAACCCUCAGGAAAAAGAAAUUGAAAGAUUUCAAGAAAUUCUGAACUGCUUGUUCCAGAAUCGAGAGGAACUCAGACAAGAAUAUCUGAAGUUGGAAAUGUUACUUAAGGAAAAUGAACUCAAAUCCUUCUAUCAACAACAGUGCCAUAAGCAAAUAGAAAUGAUGUGUUCUGAAGACAAAGUAGAGAAGGCCACUUGCAAACGAGAUAAUAAACUUGCAAUGUUGAAAACUCGUCGUUGCUACCUGGAGAAAAAGAGAGAGGAGGAAUUGAAACAAUUUGAUGAGAAUACUAAUUGGCUCCAUCGUGUUGAAAAUGAAAUGGAGCUGUUAGGUCAGAAUGGACGUAUUCCGAAGGAACUCAAUAAAGAUCUUCAUUUUCACCAUUUGCACCUCGAGAACAAAGAUUUGAAAGCACAGAUUAGACAUAUGUUGGAUCUAGCUUGUCUUCAAGAACAGCAACACAGGCAGACUGAGGCAGUAUUGAAUGCUUUACUUCCAGCCUUAAGAAAACAAUAUUACACAUUAAAAGAGGCUGGCUUGUCAAAUGCUGCUUUCGACUCUGACUUCAAAGAAAUUGAACAUUUGGUAGAGAGGAAAAAAGUGGUCGUAUGGGCUGACCAAACUGCUGAACACCCGAAGCAAAGCAGUCUGCCAGAAAUGUCUGCUGUUAUGACCUUUCCACAACUUGGUCCAGUUCAGGCUGCCUCUUACGGCACACCUUCAAGUGAAUCCAAUCUGCUUAAAGUUCCUCCACAAAAAAGAACUCGGAGAAAACUAAUGCCUUCUCCCUCAAAAGCAAAACAUACCCAGAAGUCUGCACCAUCAGAAAGUACGCAGCUCAAUGAUUCUCUCAGCAGAGAACUUCAGCCUAUCAUGUAUACUCCAGAAGACUGUAGAAAAACUUUUCAGAAUUCAUCUACAGGGAAUUUACUGAAACCGUCAUCACAGACUACAAGUUUUCAGGCCAUCAGUUCGAAUAUAAACAGUGACAGUUCUCUGAAAAUGUUAUGUGAAGCAGAUAGCCCUCCCAAUAGGAGAGUGAGAUGUGGACAGGAGGAUCUGGACUCUACCUUCAUUAUCUGUGAAGACAUCAGGAGCUUGAAGAAUAAGUUACCUGAACAAGAAUCACUGCCAAACAAUAAAAACAUCUUACAACGGGUUGAUGCAUCUUCAUUCUCAACUAAGCAUCCUGUGCCUAUUCCAAGCAUAAUGCCAUCCUACAUGGCAAUGACAGCCGCUGCCAACAGGAAACGGAAAUUAACAAGCUCAACAUCAAAUACUUCGUUCACUGCCGAGGCAUAUUCUGGGUUCGCCAAACGUGUUCGAGCAGACAACUCAAGUGAUAAGCACUUACAAGAAAACAGACCAACAAUGGAAUAUAAAAGAAACAUCCACAAAAUAAAUCCAAGCAUGGUUAGAAAAUUUGGAAGAAACAUUUCAAAAGGAAAUCUAAGAUAAGUCACUUCAAAGUCAAGGAAAAUGAAACUGAUCAAGCCUGCUUUACAAGGUGCCUGUCAGUGCCCUUUCAGAAAUGUACUUCACAUCUUUGAAAGAAGACCGUCUUAAAGCUAGGUUUACCCAGCUACUUGCAGCAAGCAGAGAAUGCAACUCUGUUUUCUUCUUUUGUAUUCUAAGCAAAUAAAAAAUUUUAAUAGAAAAGGUUAUGUUUUCAGUUCCCAAAAUAGUUGUCACCCUUUAAAAUUCCCAAGUCAGCAUGAAGGUAGCUUAGUUUUCCUGUGCUGCAACAAGAUGCUUAGGGCAUUUUAGAAAAUAACAACUUAGCCUUACUGUUUUUUGAAAAGAAGGAGAAUCUAGAAUUGGUAAAAUGAUAGUCCAAGAUGUAUUUGGUCUUCUAUUUUUUUAUACCUUAUUUUAAUUUUACAUAGGACUUUCCUUUCCAAAAAUCCUGUGAUGUACAAAUGUAGAUAAAUGUGCUCAUAAAGUUGUGUUAUUUAAAUAGUCGUCAUGAAUAAAAUA